CUUACACUCUGUUUUUUGUCGGCACAAAAAUCCACUCCACUCCCUCCCAUUUCACUCAUCACAUUAUUCAUUUUUUCCCUCUUCUUAAACCAACAAAUCCCACUUUCAAAAUUCCUCCCAAACGAAAAAAGAAAAAACCGCCAUCGCCGCCGUCCGUGGAGGCCGGAAAAUGAUGAAGAGAAGGUCCAAUCACAAUCACAAUGUGCUAUAUGGUAAAGCCACCGACACCUCCUCCUCAACCACGUCGUCUUGUUCUUCUUCCUCCACCCCCGCUGGCGAUGAGCCAGUGGAAUGGGAAAUGAGGCCCGGCGGAAUGCUGGUUCAGAAGCGGACAGAUGUAUCAGAGUCUCCGGCGCCGGUUCUCCUUCUUCGAGUCGCAUUUGGGGCCGUCCGAUUAGAGAUCUCCAUCAGCUCCAAAGCCACAUUCGGGGAGCUGAAGAGGGUGUUGACGGCGGAGACAGGGCUGGAGGUGGCGGCACAGAAGGUGAUAUACAGAGGAAGAGAAAGGGAAAACGGGGAGUAUUUGGAGGGAUGUGGAGUGAAAAACAGAUCGAAAAUGGAGUUGGUUGAGGAUCCGGCCAGCAUUGAAAGAAGAUACAUUGAGACCAAAAGAAACGCUAAAAUACAGACCGCACAUCGCGCCAUUUCCGACGUCUCCAUGGACAUUGAUAAGCUCGCCGAUCAGGUUUCUGUUAUGGAAGAAUCAAUCUCAAAUGGAAUCAAGGUUCCUGACAUUCAAAUCACCACACUGAUUGAGAUGUUGAUGAUGCAAGCCGUCAAGCUUGACAACAUUGUUGCUGAAGGAGAUGCUUCUACUCAGAAAAUUUUGCAGGGGAAGAGAGUGCAGAAAUGUGUUGAAAUACUUGAUGUGUUGAAGGUUACAAAUGCAAGAGUGAAAGUUGCAAAGCCUGUCAUUGUUACAACCAAAUGGGAGACUUUUGAUCCUCAUCCUUCCACCAACAAUCACUGGACCUCUCUCAUUGAUCUUUAAUACUUUUUUCCUCUCUCAUUCUCAUCAUAUUUGUAUGUAAAAAUAGCUUGGAGGACAAAAUUGAGCUACUCUUCUUUUCAUGCCAUUAUACUUCCUUUGGAGUUCUUUCUACUCUGAUAUAAUUGGUUUCCAAAAUUACAUGAAC